AUGGAGUGGACGAAUUUGAAACACGCUUUCGCUGUUGAGGCAUUUUUUUCAAGCGGUCGCUCAAUCGUCGCAACGCGACGUGUAUUCCAUAGACAUUUCAAUAUUGCCCCCCGUGGUCGUGUUCCUGUCCGGCAGUCGAUUGUUUCAUGGGAUGUCCACAAGCUCUCUGAUCUUUCUUCUUUUCUUCUACAUUCUAAAUGUAAUCUAUCUUUCAGUUUACUUUACGUCUUUUCAAUACGCUUGUCACUUUCUUUUUCUCUUCUUAAUAUUUAUCCCUUCUUUUUCUUCUUUUCCCCCUUUGCUUUCUUUCCUUGUACAUUUGCUGUCUUUCGUUUUCUACUUCCUCUCCUUCUUUUCCUACUUGCUCUCCUACUUUUUCUACUUCCUCUCCUUCUUUUCCUACUUGCUCUCCUACUUUUUCUACUUCCUCUCCUUCUUUUCCUACUUGCUCUCCUACUUUUUUCUUCCUCCUUCUUUUUCUUUUCCUACUUUUGCUUCCUCUCCUUCUUUUUUCUACUUUCCUCUCCUUCUUUUCCUACUUGCUCUCCUACUUUUACUACUUCCUCUCCUUCUUUUCCUACUUGCUCUCCUACUUUUUCUAGUUCCUCUUCUUCUUUUCCUACUUGCUCUCCUACUUUUUAUACUUCCUCUCCUUCUUUUCCUACUUGCUCCCCUACUUUUUCUACUUCCUCUCCUUCUUUUCCUACUUGCUCUCCUACUUUUUCUACUUCCUCUCCUUGUUUUCCUACUUGCUCUCCUACUUUUUCUACUUCCUCUCCUUUUUUUCUACUUUUUCUUUUCCUUUAUCCUUUUUUUCGUUUUUACAUUGCUCUCUUUUCCUUUUCUACUUGGUCUCUUUACUUUCCGUUUUGCUCCCUUACUUUUUCUACUUUUCCUCCUCCAUUUUCACUUUGCUGUCUUUCCUUUUCUACUUGCUCUCCUAUUUUUUCUACUUCUCUUUCUACUCGAUUCCCUUCUUUUUCUAUUUGUUCUUCUUUUCUAUUUUCUAAAUUUUCGCUCGACAUUCUCAUUCUGUGUGUCAUUUUCCCGGUCCUUUUUCCUUUUCCCACCUUCUUUUUUUUCUUUGGUCUCUUUCAUUUUCGUUUGUCUCUCUUUUGUUUUCUACUAGCUCGCCUUCAUUUUCUGUUUGCUAUCUUUCCUAUUCUACAUACUUUCCUCCCUUUAUUACUUGUUCGUCAUUUCUUUUUUCUAACUUUUGCCUCGUUAUUUUCAUUCUUUUUGUCAUUAUUCUGUUUCCUUCCCCUUUGUUCUUUUUGCUUUUUUUUUUACUUUGCUCUUUUCCAUUUUUCCACUUUGCUGUUUUUUUUUUCCUUUCUCUUUGCUCUCUUUCGUUUUGGCUUUUUUCUCCUUCAUUUUCUCUUUACUUUCUUUCCUUUUCUACUUUCCCUCCUUCAUUUAAUUCAUUGUUGUCUUCCCUUUUCGGUUUGCUCUCCUACAUUUUCUCUUGAUGUCUUUAUUUUUCUACUUGCUUUCCUUCUUUUUUUCUAUUUGCCCUUCUUUUUUUUCUAUUUGCCCUUCUUUUUUUUCUAUUUGCCCUUCUUUUUUUUCUAUUUUUUUCCAUUUUCCUUCCUUGCUUUUAAAUUUGUUACUUUCCUGUUCUCUUUGAUCUCUUUCCUUUUUGACUAUCUCCUCCUUCAUUUUAUCUUUGCACUCUUUUCUUAUCUACUCCGUCUCCAUUUCUCUUUGCUCUAUUUUCCUGUUCUUCUUUUUUUCUAUUUUUUCUUUCCCCUUUGUUUUGUCUUCCUAUUUUACUUUACUGUUUAUCCUCUUUCUCUUUGCUCUCGAUCUUUUUCGUUUUUCUAUCUUUCCUUUUUUAAUCAAGCUCCUUCAAUUUCUUUUUGCUCUCGGUCGUUUUCUAAUUGCUCACCUUUUUUUUCUACUUGUUCUUCAUUUCUUAACUUUUGCCUGACGUUCGCAUUCUUUUUUUUUUGUCAUUUUUCAACUUCUUUUCUCUAUGCUGCACCUCCUUUUCUACUUUCUUUUCCUUUUUCUCUUGGCCUUUUUCUCUUUCAACUUUCUUUAGCUUCCUUUUCUCUUUGCUCUCUUUCGUUUUUCGUUUUGCUCUAUUUUCAUUGCUACUUACCCCUCCUUCAUUGUCUAAUUUUUUUUUCUUUCCGUCUCCUUCAUUUCUCUUUGCCUUGCAUUUUCCUUUGCCCCUCUUCCUAUAUUAUUUUCCUCUUUUCACUUUUCCCUUUGUUCUUUAUUCCUUUUCUACUCGAUGUCCUUCAGUUUCUUUUUACUGCCUUUCCCUUUCUCUUGCCCCUCUUUUCAUUUUCUACUUUCUUACAUUCCUUUUCUCUUUGCUCUCUUUCCUUUUCUAAUUCUUAUUUAUUUCUAUUUUUCACUUCUUCUUGUCCCAUUUAUGCUUCUUUUCUCGCAUCCUUUCGUUUUCCUUCUUUUAAAACACGUUGUCUUUCUGUUUCUCGAUUGUUCUUAUCUAUCUAUCUAUCUAUCUAUCUAUCUAUCUAUCUCACUUUCUUUCUUCCCUUCUUUCUAACCCAAACUGUUUCUAACCAUCUAUCUAUACCAGUUUCUAUCUAUCUAUCUAUCUAUCUAUCUAUAAAUCCUUGUCAGUUACUAACUAAUCCAGUCCCUUUCUUUCUUUCUUUCUUUCUUUCUUUCUUUUUUAAAAUCCGAGAGAAUGUGUCGAACGAAAACGGCGUUUUCCUUUUGACGAACACUUAUCUAGAAUGCCAACGCCAGUCUCAUAAUUCCGACAGGAAGAAAUAUUUGUAUAAAUACGAAUGGAGACAGGAUAACUUACUAGGGCUAACUUCUGUGUUGCGUAUAUUCUCGUGA